CKCGGAAYACCUGCUURWCCAGCUCACCCCGUACCAAGCUGCCCUCGCUGCCCAGAGGAGGGGCAAUGCGGGAAGGGGAGAACGCCGGAAUCAAGAAGCUUUGCAUCCUCACUGCCAUCAAGCCAUCCAACGUGGAGAAGGAGAAGGUGAAGUUCUUCAAGUCUGACUUUAGCUACAAUCCUCAGUUUGAGUACAGCAACCCCGUGUCUCCGCUGGUGCUGGCUCGCCACAACAAUGCCUCCGACCGCUUCCUGACACAGGCGGUGCGUAUCAUGGAGUUGGCCCUCCAGAAGUAUGGUAAUUAUGAGAAGUUUGAGCAAGCCACAGGAGGCAACCUGCUCACCAAGUACCGUAUCUGGUACCUGGUCAAGAAGUACAUGGAAAAGGAGGGUUGUAUUGGGGAGAUAGUGGUCAACGUGACAGACGACCUCCUCUCCAGAGCGUCCAUGACGGUGGUGAACAGCCGGCCCACUCUGACCAUCAACAUUGCCACAGCCCGGGAACACUGGUUGGAYGGCAUGCUACGACACGAGAUCGGCACACACUACUUCCGGGGCAUCAACAACGCCCAGCAGCCGUGGAACAGCGGAGUCGGCAGGAAGAAGCACAACCUCCGACCUUUGAACCCCACGGAGGAGGGGCUGGCCAGCAUCCAUUCUGUCCUGUUCCGUAAGGACCCUACCCUGUGGAGGGCUGCCUUGCUCUACUACACUGUGUACCAGGCCAGCCGCAUGUCCUUCUCUCAGCUGUUCCACAGCCUGGGACGCUUUGUCCAGGACCCCAACACACGCUGGGACUAUUGUGUACGAGCCAAGAGGGGACAGACCAACACCGCACAGCCAGGUUGUUUCAGUAAGGACCAGGUUUACCUGGAUGGCAUCCUGAAGAUCCUGAGACACAGAGAGAAGAUUGACUUCCAGCUGCUAAUGUCCCUGGGGAAGGUGUCGUACGAGGACGUGGAUCGGCUGAAAGGCCUGGCGCAGAUGGAGCCCGUGAGGAUACCUCACUUCCUGCAGGACACAGCGUGCUACGCUGAACAGCUGGAGAAGAUUAUGGAGGUCAACCAGCUGACUGACGAGGAGCUCGGGGUGCUCAUCCGAGAGGACUAGUGGGCSUGCACACUCAGUUACUCCAGCACAUAGCUUUUAUAGGUUAACAGCAACCGGACCAAGAUCCAUUUGGGAUUGAAACGUUUUGUAAAUAACAAAGGCAUAGAGGUUGUUAUAAAGGUAUGUGUUGGAGUAUGUGAGUGUGCGGGUUCUUCUGUCCCAGUACCCCAUGAAAAGUGACCAUAUGCUCCUCAUCUGAGCAUACCCAGAAAGAAGUGACCCCUGACCCUCCAGCAUGCCACACUUCCACCGAGCUACUGAGCUACCGAAACCUCAUUAAAGUCAGUGACAUCAUUCACAGUGACAACCCUGCAUCUCUCACUACCACCCCCAACAGGCAAAAUGGCAUAUGAUGUCAUGAUGAUGUAGUUUCCUGGUUGAAAACGGGUUUUCUACCACGUAUGGUAGCUGUGUGKCGUGACAUGACUUGUGCAGCGUACUGUAUUGUAUGUAGGGUUUCCCUCUCCAUCUCUCUCUUGCACCCCAAAGCUAAGUGCACUUCUAUUUUCAAUCUUCUGUUCCAAAAACUAAUGGGUUCCUAUGCUUUUACUGUGCCCUUGGUUGGUUGCUGUUCUGAUAGUUGAUGUUCAGGGAAUUACCCAUGAACCAGAGAGAGUGUGUGGUUGUCAGGAUCGGGCUGCAGUAUGAGACAUACAGGAGAGAGAUGGCUAUGGUAUCAUAAAAGCACAACACUGAUUCAUGAUGUGCCAGGUCACAGUGGAGGAAGGCAUGUGGAAGAGGCAACCUAACGAAGCACAAGACAGCAGCAUAGUGCUGAGAUAGUAGGAUUGUGACAGCAUAGAAGUGCAUUGUGGAUCAUAUGUAUUUGUGCCCCGUUGAUGUAUCCGGCAAGAGGUAACCUUGGUGCAGCAGCAUCAAUCCCUACAAACACCCACCGUCUUAAGAUUUGCACUUUUCUCUCCAGAAUUUAUAACCUUUCACCUAUGAACUUUGAACUGCUUUGUUUCUGGCAGUUUCCUUAGAGAUAACCUUAUAACCUUACACUGAUGAACUUUCCUUGCUGCAUUUUAAAACCAACCAAUAGGCCUAUUGUUUUUAAAGGCACAGUACAACAGUAAUAUUGUACUGUAAUGUUUUUCUCCGUUUGUCAAACAUGAUUGACAGGUUGUUGAUGUUCUUGCUUUUGGUACAUGUUAUGAGAACUGAACACUGUGAUAUUUGAUAAAUAUUGUUCUAUUGACACUUCCACCAAGCCUGGUCCUAGAUCAGUUUGUGCCGUCUUGCCAAUAGUUAUUUCCAAUGACCAUAGGAGUUGGCAGGACAGCACAAACUGAUCUGAUCUGUAGGUAGCAUGUUUGCUGCCGAUACUUCACCACAAAUGGCCCUGGCCAGAUCCAACUGUAUGAUGAGCACUAUGUAUUGUAUUGUACUGUAUUUUAAUACCUCCUGAUGUUCACUGAAGCCCUGGGAAACCCUAAUAAAGUGGAUCCAUCACCUUGGA